UAACGUGAGAAAUUCUUCACGUGUUGUACGCGAGAUAUAAAACCAGCCAAUUUUUUUCCAUUGCAAUAAAUAUAUACCUGGAAAUAAUACUGAUUGACAGAAGAAAUCAUUAGUUUAAAAACAAGUUAUGAGAACAACGAUUUUUGUUUUUGUUUUAAUAUUCGCAACAUGCCAAUGUCAAACAAGUGUGUGCCCUUCGAAAGAGGAAACAAAACCAUGUAUCUGCAGAUUAGGAAAAGGAAGCAAAGCAUGGAUGUCUUGCAAAGGGCUUACGUCAGCAGAUGAACUCCGUGAAGCAGUCAAAGGCAUGAAAGGUUUCAAAUUCUCUACAUUUUACAUAGAAGAUUCCGAUAUAGGUAUUUUACCAGCAGAUAUUUUCAGAGACAUUGAUAUUCAAGUUUUAAGCAUACAGUUCACAAAUCUUACAAGCCUUAGCGAGAGUGUGAACCGUCCUCCUUUCCUUGGCUUGGAAAAUUCCUUAGAAUCUAUUGAAAUCAGAGAUGGCUUCGUCGAUGAAAACGCACCAUUGACGAAGUUUUCAAUAUCACAUUUAAAAAAAGUAUAUUUUGUCCAUCUUGAAGGCAACAUAAUUCCCGUCAUUGGAAAUGACUGGUUUGAAAGUGGACCUUAUGGUUUGAGAGAAUUAUAUCUCUUCGACACUAGUGUAACUAAAAUCGGAAGCCAUGCAUUUGAAGCCCUGGAGGACAUCCGAAAAUUAUCCAUCACGGGAGGAAAAUUUUCCGAAAUUGCAAGGACUAUGUUUCCUAAACCUGCUCUCUUCCUCGAAGUCUUGGAUUUGAGCAAUAAUGCCCUUAGAACACUUUCAAAUGACCUAUUUACUCAUAUGCCAGCUUUAGAAGAGGUAUAUCUAGACAAUAAUGUUUUGACGAGCUUGAAUGAGGUUACUUGGACACCAGUUUGGAGUCAAAUUAAUUUUGCUAAUUUUUACGGUAAUCCUAUCAAAUGCGACCAGGAUUUGAAAUGGAUUUAUAAAUACCGUCUGCCAGAAUCUUUUCAAGGCCAAUGUAGUUCUCCACCAGAACUUAAAGGUCGAAGUCUUUCGAACCUCACAUUAGCCGAUUUUUCUUAAGGUCUUCUUGGGAGGAAGGUAUUUUAAAGAAGUGAUCAACUUUCGAUGGAAACGUCACAUACUUCUGUUUUAGAUGAGAACUGUUCAUUGAGAAAUUAUAACGUCCUUAUUUUUUCUCUGCGUGUAUGUAUGUAUUAGAAACGUUUUCGAAAGCAUCGUAUAUUAUCAUUACUAUUUUAUGGCGUUUUAUAUACUUUAACUGAUUUGAUUACCUGUUCGUUAAGAAACAUGUAACAUCCUUAUUUUUAGCUCUGUAUAGCUCUGUGUACUUUAUUUUUAUAUAUGUAUUAUUCUUUUUACUUUUUUUUAAAUGUACAUUUUAAAUGCAUACCAUUACAAAUUUUAAACGUAUUUCAAGUUUGUUACAAGCUUUUAGUAGUUUCAAAGCAGUCAUCUUAAAUAUUAACAUUUCUUAAUUUCAGUUUACAAUAGUUUUAUAUUUUCUUUCCUAGGAGAUAAUAAUAAACAUAAAAUUACUAAAUAAAUUAAUAUAUAUAUAUAUUAUAAAGUAAGUUUCAAAAACAUCAUAUAUUAUCAUCGCUGUUUAACGGUGCUUUAGAUAUUUAACUAAGGGGUUCUCAACCUGAGGGGAAUUUCACCCUGGGAUAAUUUCAUAGUUUCAAAGAGGGAAUGUAGUUCCAACUUUAUUUGCCUAUUAAGUUUUUAGUUUAUGAACAUAAAAAACUUUUUGAGUCUUACUUAUUCUUUUAUUUAAAAAAAACCUUUUUAUUUUCUUUAUUUUUUAUAAGCUUUUUAUUUGUUUUGGUAUUUAUCAACAUUUUCAAUUCUUUUUCUUGAUUAAUUUGUAAAACAUACUUAAAAAAUAAUCUAAAUUUAAAUAAAUGUGUACUUAUUUUUAGAGUUUGGGAAAGUAAGAGGGGUAAAUGAUCGUUUAGCAAUGGUCAAAAGGGUGCAUAGGGCAAAAAAGGUUGAGAGCCACUGUUUUAACUAUGCAAGUGCACUUCCGCACAUUUAGACUAGUUUAUUGAUAAAAUGAUUUGUUCUUUAUACGCAUGGAAAAUGUGAUGUUAAGAUUUUACCCUAAAUGUAUGCAUCUGUCUUAUAUUUUGCUAUAUGUCUGUUUUUUGUGUAUCAGUUUUUACUUGAUUAAAAUAUAUAUGGGAAAUA